AGAUUUACACCCUCUACUUGUAACCAAGAUGGAAUAUUUCUUCUAAUUCCUGACUCACUGAAGAAGGAGGUGUAGAUCUGCAAGGCUGGAGAGCAUCUUUCCUUCAAGCAGCCUUUGAAGGACAGAACAAACGGCAGGAGUUCCGGGAACAGCUCAGCAGCACUGAGGAUUGCUGGAGAUUGCUUCCAUUUGAUCUGAAAGCUACACAUGCAAGGGACUUGCUGGAAGCAUGGACCUCAGUGAAAAAUGGACUUUGGAGGAAGGAGCCUGGUUAUCCCAUGCUGGAAUUCAUCAUUUUGCCAACACCAGAGGGGACAGUGAGUUUGUGGAAGCCUCGCCCGCAUCGUACAGCCCAGACGAGUUAGGCCCCCCUCCUGCUUGUUAUAGCCCCAGUAGUCCUGUCCAGGUUCUGGAAGACGCCACCUACUUUUCCCCAGACUUUCAGCUCUAUUCUGGGAGGCAUGAAACAUCUGCUUUGACGGUGGAGGCAACCAGUAGCAUCAGGGAAAAAGUUGUUGAAGAUCCUCUUUGUAACUUCCACUCCCCAAACUUCCUGAGGAUCUCAGAGGUGGAAAUGAGAGGUUCCGAGGAUGCGGCAGCUGGAACAGUAUUGCAGCGGCUGAUCCAGGAACAACUGCGGUAUGGCACCCCAACCGAGAACAUGAACUUGCUGGCCAUUCAGCACCAGGCCACAGGGAGUGCAGGACCAGCCCACCCUACAAACAACUUUUCUUCCACGGAAAACCUCACUCAAGAAGACCCACAAAUGGUCUACCAGUCAGCACGCCAAGAACCGCAGGGUCAAGAACACCAGGUGGACAAUACGGUGAUGGAGAAACAGGUCCGGUCCACGCAGCCUCAGCAGAACAACGAGGAACUGCCCACUUACGAGGAGGCCAAAGCACAGUCGCAGUUCUUCAGGGGGCAGCAGCAGCAGCAGCAACAGCAGCAGGGGGCAGUGGGCCAUGGUUACUACAUGGCAGGGGGCACCAGUCAGAAGUCCCGAACUGAGGGGAGGCCCACUGUGAACCGUGCCAACAGUGGACAGGGGCAUAAGGACGAGGCGCUGAAGGAACUGAAGCAGGGUCACGUCCGCUCGCUCAGCGAGAGAAUCAUGCAGCUGUCCCUGGAGAGGAAUGGGGCCAAGCAACACCAUCCUGGCUCGGGGAAUGGAAAGGGCUUCAAAGCAGGAGGGGGUCCCUCCCCUGCUCAGCCUGCAGGUAAAGUGCUGGACCCUCGGGGUCCUCCACCUGAGUACCCCUUCAAGACCAAGCAAAUGAUGUCCCCAGUCAGCAAGACCCAGGAGCACGGACUUUUCUAUGGUGACCAGCACCCCGGGAUGCUCCACGAGAUGGUCAAGCCCUACCCUGCUCCUCAGCCUGUGAGAACAGAUGUGGCCGUCCUGCGGUACCAGCCACCCCCUGAAUAUGGGGUAACGAGCCGCCCGUGCCAACUUCCGUUCCCGUCAACCAUGCAGCAGCACAGCCCCAUGUCCUCCCAGACCUCCUCCGCCAGCGGGCCACUGCACUCUGUCUCCCUGCCGCUUCCACUCCCGAUGGCCCUGGGCGCUCCACAGCCCCCGCCCGCCGCUUCCCCCAGCCAGCAGCUCGGUCCAGAUGCCUUUGCGAUUGUGGAGCGAGCCCAGCAAAUGGUGGAAAUAUUAACAGAGGAGAACCGGGUGCUUCACCAGGAACUUCAGGGUUACUAUGACAAUGCCGACAAGCUCCACAAGUUUGAAAAAGAACUUCAGAGAAUUUCGGAAGCCUAUGAAAGUCUGGUCAAGUCUACCACCAAGCGAGAGUCAUUGGACAAGGCGAUGAGAAACAAAUUGGAAGGCGAGAUUAGAAGACUUCAUGAUUUCAACAGAGACCUCCGAGAUCGACUAGAGACUGCCAACAGGCAGCUCUCCAGCAGGGAAUACGAAGGGCACGAAGACAAAGCUGCAGAGGGGCAUUAUGCUUCCCAGAACAAAGAAUUCUUGAAGGAAAAGGAGAAAUUAGAAAUGGAGUUAGCAGCAGUGCGGACUGCAAGUGAGGACCAUCGGAGACACAUUGAGAUCCUGGACCAGGCUUUGAGCAAUGCCCAGGCCAGGGUCAUCAAGCUGGAAGAGGAGUUACGAGAGAAGCAAGCAUAUGUUGAGAAAGUCGAGAAGUUGCAGCAGGCCCUGACCCAGCUGCAGUCUGCAUGUGAGAAGCGAGAGCAGAUGGAGCGGAGACUGCGGACUUGGCUGGAGAGAGAGCUGGACGCACUGAGAACCCAGCAGAAACAUGGAAAUGGCCAGCCAGCCAAUGUGCCGGAAUACAAUGCCCCAGCCCUCCUAGAACUUGUGCGGGAGAAGGAGGAACGGAUCCUGGCCCUGGAGGCCGACAUGACGAAGUGGGAGCAGAAGUACCUGGAGGAGAGCACCAUCCGACACUUUGCUAUGAAUGCCGCGGCCACCGCAGCAGCUGAGAGGGACACCACAAUCAUCAACCACUCACGGAAUGGCAGCUACGGAGAGAGCUCUCUGGAGGCCCACAUCUGGCAAGAGGAGGAGGAGGUGGUGCAGGCCAACAGAAGGUGUCAGGACAUGGAAUACACCAUUAAAAAUCUCCAUGCCAAAAUCAUAGAGAAAGAUGCUAUGAUUAAGGUCCUGCAGCAGCGAUCUCGUAAAGAUGCCGGAAAGACAGACUCCUCCAGCCUACGUCCUGCCCGCUCCGUUCCAUCCAUAGCAGCAGCUACUGGGACACACUCUCGCCAGACCUCUCUUACCAGCAGCCAGCUGGCCGAGGAAAAGAAGGAAGAGAAGACCUGGAAGGGGAGCAUAGGAUUGCUGCUGGGGAAGGAGCACCAUGAACACGCCUCUGCCCCACUGCUGCCACCCCCACCCAGCUCAGCACUGUCCUCCACAGCCUCCACGACGGCAGCCAGCAGUGCCCACGCCAAGACGGGCAGCAAGGACAGCAGCACACAGACCGACAAGAGUGCCGAGCUCUUCUGGCCCAGCAUGGCCUCCCUCCCCAGCCGCGGCCGGCUGAGCACGACCCCUGCUCACAGCCCUGUCCUGAAACACCCAGCGGCCAAAGGGACCGCAGAGAAACUGGAGAACUCUCCUGGCCAUGGGAAGUCGCCUGACCACAGAGGCCGGGUCAGCAGCUUGCUGCACAAGCCUGAGUUCCCCGACGGAGAGAUGAUGGAAGUCCUCAUCUAACUGCCAUCCCUGUGGAAUUUCAGAACGGAGCAUUGACAAACAAGGAAAGUGGCAGAGAAAGAAGAAAGACCUAGAAGGUUGUAGUGGGAAAUCAGGAAUGAUUUGAACUGAUAAAGAUUUCAGACUCCUAAGAACACAUUUUAUAAAUGUUAAACACAAAAACAGGAGACCUACAUGACUGAAGAUAGAAGAGAAUGCGAUGGAUUUUAUUACACAUAGUGGAAGGGAGAAGAGGCGUGUAGGUUUGCAAACAAAGUUAAGAAAUAGGAAAUUGAAUUUUUCGUUGUACAGAAAAUGUAUCUCUUGGGGAGGGCUUGUGUAUCCCCAUUCUCUGAUUAUAAACAGAUAAACCCAAAUGUGGAUCCUCCUUGGAAUACCCCCAUUCUCCUUGCCUCUUAGCAUGUUUGGUUUAAGAAGAGCCUCCAAGAAAUCUUGAGAGCCUGUCUUGGCAUAAUGCAGUGUGACUUGUGCCAACCGUGGGGUGUCCCGUGUGUGUGAGUGUGGCAGUGAGAAGAAGCAUGGAGGGCGAGGGGGAUAUGAAAGCUGGUCUUCACCUAAUUACCUGUUUGGUUUGGAUUUCCAAGAGAUGAUUGGGCUUCUUAGCUUUUCUGAAUUCUGCAGUAUUUUCUAAGCAGGAUGGAUUAUGAUCUCAGUCCUCAUCCAUCCUAACUUCUAAGUUCAUCUCUGUCUCUGCUUUACGGUCUUUAAUUUUUUGUUGUUCCUUCAUUUGUUUUUGUUUUUAAUAAGACAUAGCAGAAUUCCUUAGGUAUGGGAUUUAUGAGAGCAGUACCUGAACUGUCAUCAUUCCUGCUUGCUUGAUAGUGACCAGUAGGACAAAGCCAUGUGCCGCUUCCUGGCUGCUUCACCUUUGCAUAGCUGGGUUGCAGCUGUGAACCUCAUUCUGACUGUGAACUAAGCAAGCUUUGAGGAAGCAGGAGAUUCCAUGGGUCCCUGUGACAUCUUGCAUUAAGAUCGUGGCACUUGCUUUUUUGUCUCUCACAUCGGCUCUCUUGCAAGGAGCUUGACAUUUCCAAACUCCAUUGCUCUGUUGGGGAAGACUUAGGACAGCACUCCAGGAAACAGAUGACAAUUUACAGACAGUUGUCUCAGUGGUUUCCAGAAUCCCACCAGCUCCCAUGUACCUUCUUGUAUUGAGGCUCAUGAGCGUAUUCACACUCUUUCCACCCCUGCGCACGCCUCUGCUUGCUCUCGAUCAGCACCCAGACCUCCAUGGCACUAGCUUGCCUCUGUUGUGAACUUCUUUUGUAACCUACCAGGCCAGUGUAUAUACAGUGUUGUCAGGCUUUUCAGGAUUUCAGUUUUGAAGCAGUUUAUUCAAAGUGAGACAGAAGUGCCAUGGAAAAGAGGCAGGCGUGUGUUAGGUGGCAGGUCCCUUAGACCUCUGCUGUGACAUUGCAUAUUCAACUAUUCUGACACUGGCUUCCUUUACAAAUCUAGGAGAUGCUGGAUUAGAAAAGAGGAGAAGCUCAUCAGGCCAUCAGAGAGAUGCUCCUGCAGGGUCCUGAUGUUUGUGUCCCUCCAGGUCAGCUGGAUUGGUGUUUUCCUAGUUCCCUUUCCUCAUGCUUGCUUAGAGGAAGAAAGAAAGGGGGGUACCUUUUCCAAGUACCUUCUAAAUGAAACACUCAAGACAGUGCUACUCAGGAAACAUUGCUCGGGUAGCUUAUUUUAGGACUGGUCUUGGGUGUGUAACCCUGGUGAAGUUAUAGCCUCCCCAAAUUGAGGUGAUAGAAGGAAGACAAGAGGUGUAGGCUGGAGAGGGGAGGGAAGAAAUCAGUGGCUUUGGCCGGCCUCUGUGCCACCCAGUAUGACAGAGGAGUGGGAACUGGCCCUCUGGAGCUCUGCUUUGCCAUAGGCACUGCACAUUGUGCCACUUGCUCAUCACCUCCUCUAGUCUGUCACUGAGCAUCGGAGUACAUGUUGUGCAGAUGGGAAAACUGAGGAGCUCUGAGAGGCUGAGCAUUGAGCUCGCCCCAUGUCCUAGGGUGUGGGAAGAGGGCACAGGAGGCCUCAUCCAUUGGGGAAAGGAUUGAGGAUGGACAUGGGUGGGGAGAGGGCAUAGAGAUCCCUUCCUAAUCUCUGUUCCCACCACAUUUCAUAGGAGAUGAGGUUAGGAGAUGGCAACUAACUCUCUUAAGGACAUUUUGACCCCAGUGUAUGUUGGGGAUGGACCAGAAAGUAAAAUGUCUAGAGAUAGGAAGGUAAGUCAGCUCUGCCAGCCCCUACCAUCAGGUCUAGGCCACCCCAAACUUGGGCUGCCUCCCUUAGACGUAGGUUAGAGUGAGAUACCCAGCCGUUUCUCCCGAAGCCUGGUCUUCAUGUCCCAGACACCUCAUUGCCCUAGUCAGGUGUCAGACUUGCUUGCUUUUCAAGGUCCGCCUGAGCUGCCAAGUGUUUUCAUUGUCAGAAUACAAAUGGACUCAUGGCCAUGUUUCAGGGCUUCAACUGCAUUGUAUUGUGGACUUUGACAACAUUUUUUUCCUCUUAACCUACUAAGACUCUUCCUUAAGAACGGGAUCUCUAGCUUUAAAAUGCCACCUUCUGUGGGAAAUUUCCUGCCAAGCCAGGGCACUAAAUACUUUCAUCAUUAGAGCUUUCCUGAAGUCCGGCCAUAUACUGAGCACCUGCUCUGAGUUCUGGGCAGCUCACACUAUCUCAAACAGGUUUGCAGAAAAAUAAUGCAACUAUAUUUUCUAGCGCCAACUGUAUGCAAACAGUGUGGUAAGUACCUUUUAAUUAGUCCUCCACCCAUCUGGAGUACAGGGGGUGAGUUUAUUAUUCUGAUUUCACAGAUGAGGCAAUGGGCUCAGAGAGGUUAAGUCCCUUCCUGAAAUCUCACAGCCAGGAGAAGCCAGGAUGAUUUAAAACAAAGUUUGGAGAGGCGCUGCGCAUAGACCGUGGCUGUACGGCCUCUAACAUGCGGCGCUGCAUCUUGGCAGUCUCUGUCCCUGUCUGUGAUGUGCACGUGCACAUGUACCUACGUGGGUGCACACACACACAGCUCUCACACAUCUCAGAGCCUAAGAAGUAGGACUAAGCCCAGAACUCCUAGAAUCGCCUAUAAAUGCCAGGCAUAGACGGAAAUUACUGUGUUCCACCAAAAGCACAGCUCCAAACUAUACCUAAAAGAUACUUCUGCACUUUGCAGAGACCUGGACUUCAAACGUUCCCAGUGGAGCCUGAUUAUAGAACUUGAGGGUCCUGUCUCAGGGUGAAGGGGAGAGGCUCCGGCUUCACAGGAAGGUAUUCCAGCAUUGUUCUGCUUCACCCUUGACUGUGCUGUCUGGCAGUUUCUGUGUGCUGCCAGGAGAGUAUAUGGAAUUGGAGAAGUUGGAGUCAGGUCUCUGACGCCGGAGUUUCACUAAGUAGAUGCCUCUGUACCUAAGAACUAUUCCUGUCUGCAGGUCCGUAUAGCUAUGCUGCCAGGAAAAACACAUUAUUUUCCAAAACUUUCAGAGCAUGUGCAGAACCCUGUCUCAGCAUUUUCUUCUCUCAGCAUUUUCUCUGCCUCCCAGAGGCUGGCAGCCAAUGGCACUGUGGAGUUCGGCAUGUUCUAACCGUGCACGCAGGGCAGGGCUGCCUUGGCGCCCCUCAGGCUUUGGUUGGGAGAGCAGGCAAUGGGAGCCCUUCUGGGUGCAGUCCUCUGGGGUUGCUCUUUGGCACUCAUAUAUGAGUUUGACUCCACAAGGCUUGGCAUGGAUACCAAAACAGUUGCACCAAAUUAGUUCUGAACCCGGAACACAGAAGUCAGUGCUUCAGGAAGGAGGUGCUCAGAAUGCCCCGUGCAGAGCAGCCAGUCAUUCCUCUUGUUUGUUCUCACCUGGGUGUGCACCCUCAUGAUGCGGUGGCUGCAGCACCUUCAUGCCAGGUGCUGAGAGAGUGGGAAAUUCUUCCUCCCCACUGGCCUGAGUCCCAGAGACUUAGGGAAACAGACCUCAGGUGAGGCUGGGGACCUACGAAGCAGUGGAUAAUAGAUUGGAUAAUCAGAGCUUUUGAGGCAGGGGGCUCAUGUUUUCACUGCAGGGAGUUAUGCUGAGCAAAGAGAUGUGUUUUUCAAAACCAGAGUAUUGCCCCGUGUCCACACUGGAGUAAGUGGAGCAUGCUUCUCUGUGUUCCCUGAAUGAUUUUGCACUCCUUUUAAGCAAAGGAGUACCAUGGCCAUGGUCAGUGGGAUCCCACAAAUGUUCUUAAAUGGGUAAGGUUUUAAGUAGCCAGAGAGUAUCCAGCCUACCACUGGCUUCUCCACAUCCUAAAACCUGAGACAGCCUUGGUAUAUGCUUUGUAAAUGUUUCUUUUCUUGUUGUUUAAGUAAUUAAAGUGUUUAAAAUGUC